GCAAGUUAGGAGUACGUCUUCUGUAAUUGAUAUUAUAGAUCCGUAAAUCUAUACAACUGGCAAAAUGAUUCGCAAUGCUCGCUUUCUACGUUGGGCCAUCGGCAAGCGGUUCACCACCGUUAAUCCCUCUCCGGUCAGUGCAUCGUCUCAAUGGAACGCCGGCAAUGUUACCCAACCGGGCAACGGUAUUGCAACAUGUGCGCUUAAGUCGUUAUCGGUAAUGCAGGGCGCCGGUGUUCAACAGAACGGCGUCUUCUCCGUCUCGAGUCGACAGAUUCACACCAAAGGCGAGCGGGAAUUGGUGGAGUUCUUGGCAGAAGAAAUCGUAGCUGAGAAGAAGGCUAGCCCAAGUCCCAGCCUACCGUCGUCGUUGAGUGGAUUCUCAAUCUCGUGCAACAAAGCCGAUGUGGAGCUGACGAAGUCGUCCGAACGUGAAAAAGUCACAAUCUCGUUCAACGUAAACCACACGGUAGAUAUGGACGGAGAAGAGGCGGAAUCAACCGAGAACAAACCGGAAUUUUCCGCUAUGAAAAGCCGUCCUCAGUUUGAGGUCGACAUCGUGCGAGGAGGAACUACUCUUUCGUUUACCUGCUCUUAUCUUCCUGGCGAGGCUCAAGAGGGUGAAUACAAUGAUGUUUUCGGUAUUGACGAAGUGACCAUUUACCAAGGCGAAUGGAACGAUAAAGUGUAUGCGGUAGCAGGCGAUGUGCUCGAUGGGUAUUUGUAUGAUCUGUUGAUGAACUUCCUCGAGGAGAAGGGCGUGAGCAAUGAGUUUGCAGAGAAAAUGUCAGAAUUUGCCAGUGCCUACGAACACGCCAAAUAUGUUGAGUUGCUCGAAGCCAUCUCGAAGUUCACGGUUGAGAAGAAAUAGUUUCACCUGCGACCAACCAUCGCUGUAUCAUCUUGUUUGUCAUAUUGAUAAGUUGCACUAUUCCUAUGAUUCCGUAUUUUGUCGGAAUUUUUUUUUCCUUUCUUUGAGCCCCUUCCAUAUAAUGACCUUUCACUGCAUUUGUUAAAGUAAAGAGGAAAACAACUCAGUGUCAUAGUUAUAUAGUAUUUCAUCGUAAAAUAAAAAUGUAAAAAAUGUCCGUCUGUUUUGAAGUUAACA